AUGCAAAACCAGACAAAGAAAAAGGAGGUGAAAGUUGGGGCACUUUGCCAGCUAUGUCACUGUAGAAAAGCUGUGAUGAAACGCCCAAAAAAUUUGCAAAAAUUAUGCAAGGAAUGCUUCUAUCAUGUAUUUGAAACCGAAAUUCACUUGACAAUUCAAAAAGAGAAACUCUUUUAUACUGGCGAAACUAUUGCAAUUGGUGCAUCUGGAGGCAAAGACUCUACAGUACUUGCUUCGAUCAUGAAAACAUUGAAUGAAAGAUACAGUUAUGGUCUAAACUUAGUUUUAUUGAGUGUGGAUGAAGGUAUAGUGGGUUACCGUGAUGAUAGUUUAGCUACAGUCAAACGGAACCAACAGCAGUAUCAAAUGCCUUUAGAGAUUGUCUCCUAUAAAGAUCUUUACAACUGGACAAUGGAUGAAAUUGUGUCAUGUACGGGAGUGAAAUCGAGUUGUACGUACUGCGGGGUAUUGAGAAGACAGGCAUUGGACAGAGGGGCACUAAAAUUAGGCAUCCACCACGUUGUCACAGGUCACAACGCAGAUGAUAUGGCGGAGACAGUAUUAAUGAACUUACUCAGAGGCGAUACAGCAAGAAUUGAAAGCUCAGUGAACGUGACGACAAACUCAGUAGGAUCUCCUGUGAAGCGUUCAAAACCUUUUAAAUACACAUACCAAAAAGAGAUAGUUCUCUAUGCUCACUAUAAAAAGCUAGACUAUUUCAGCACAGAGUGUACUUAUGCACCGGAGGCAUUUAGAGGAACUGCUAGGGUUUUGUUGAAGAAUUUAGAAUCCAUACGACCUUCUUGUAUUAUAGAUAUCAUCCACAGCGGUGAGCAUUUCAAAUUGAAACCGAAGAAACCAAAAGCUAUGCAUAUCAAAAAGUCGAAUUCUGAGGCUACAAAGGAAGUUGAAGUUCGAGCAGAUGGCUCUGUGUCACUUUCGAAAGAUGGAAACAGAUGCGAGCGUUGUGGUUAUCUUUCAAUGAAUAGAAUAUGUAAGGCUUGUAUUCUAUUAGAAGGUCUCGAAGCCAACAGGCCAAAAUUAUCACUAGGUGAAAGCGUUAUUGCUGAUUCCGAUGGUGCAGCAAAGCUUUCUAAGACAUUGGAAAAGCUUACUUUUUAA